AUGUCGAACUGGCGCAGUGCCGCCUCACGAUUCAGGGACCAGGCCGAUAUAUAUCGAAAGCAGGCCCUCAAGUCUGAACAAAAGGAAGAGGGGAAGCGACCUACAUCGGCCUCUCCUGAAGUCCGCAACGGCACCGUCCAAGACAUGGCAAUGGACGCACCGCUAGACGCCUGCACUCCCAUGUCCUACCUCUAUCUGACUUUUGACACUCCGCUCCCGAUCCCCAUCCCCAUCCCACUCCCGAACACGACGGUCGAUUCGUCGCCGCACGAGGAAAGGCUGCCGCCAUGUCCGGACCUGUCCCGGUACACCGACCCGCUGACCUGGCCCAAGGCGAGGAAAAACGUCAUGGUCUUCAUAUCCUGCAUGGCGACCUGCUGCACAGCCUACACGGCGGGCGCCUACUCGCAGCCUGCGGACCUGAUAGCCGCCGAGCUGGGCACCACGCGCGAAGGCGCCCUGGCCGGAGUCACCACCUUCUGCAUGGGCUUUGCGCUGGCCCCGAUGGUUCUCGCACCCUUCUCCGAGAUCAACGGACGCUAUCCCAUUUUCGCCGUGGCCGGCGUGGUUUUUACCGUCUUUCAAGCCGUGUGCGGUGUGGUCACCAACCUUCCCGGCAUGCUGAUCGCCCGCUUCAUCAAGGGCGUUGGAGGCAGCGUUUUCAGUACCAUGGUGGGCGGCGUCAUCGCUGACAUGUACGACAAGGAGGAACGCAAUACGCCAAUGGCUCUCUUUAGCGGCGCCGUGCUCAUCGGGACAGGGCUGGGCCCACUGGUGGCGGCCGUCAUGGUUCAGAACUGGGGAGAGGAGAGACAGAAGUGGAAGUGGAUAUUCUGGCAUCAGGUCAUCGUCGACUUCGUACUGAUGGUCACCGUCGUUGCCCUGUUCAAGGAGAGCCGGGGCUCGGUACUGCUCUCGAGGAAGGCCAAGAAGUUAAACCAGUGGUACGAGGAGCUGGAACGUCAUGGCUUCUAUGGGGUGUGGAUUCGACGAGAACGUCUGACUUCUGGGACCAGGCCGCAGCCCACCUCUGCUACGACACAACCACACUCUGACGAGGAGGCGCGGGAAUGGGAGAAGUCGCCGUCCGAAGGUCUGAGGCUGAGGCGCAUGCGAUGGCUGGUCCGGGAAGACGAGCAGCGCGGGUCCAUCAGCACCAUGAUUCGUGUGUCUCUACUGCGUCCGUUUCACCUCCUCUUCACCGAACCGAUCGUAUUCUUCUUUUCACUCUGGGUCUCCUUUGCGUGGGCGGUUCUUUACCUGACUUUCGGGUCCAUCCCGCUCAUCUUUCGACGACAGUACGAUUUCAACACUGUCCAGGCGGGCCUCGUAUUCAUCGCCAUGAUCGCGGGCGCCAUUCUCGCCACCGUUAUCGGCAUCUAUCAGGAGAGCAUGCUCAAGCAUCCUGGAUGGCAGGCCAAGUCGGCCGGCUCUGGCAACGACAGCACCAAAAUCAUCGAGUCCAGCCGGCUCUGGGCGUUUGUUCGCCGCAGGUUUCCAGCCGAGUCGCCCGAGUCGAGGUUGUACUUUACGUGUCUCACGUCGGUGCUUCUUCCCGCCGGCCUCUAUUUGUUCUUCUUCACGGCACAGCCGUCGAUCCAUUGGCUUGUUCCCACCGUCGCGAUCGGGGUCUCCACGAUGGGCAUCUAUUACAUUUACCUGGCCACGUUUAACUAUCUCGCCGACACGUACCAGAUCUAUGCAUCCUCGGCGCUCGCAGCGCAGUCGUUUUGUCGUAAUGUGCUCGGCGGCAUAUUCCCGCUAGUCACCGGAGCUCUGAUCCACAACCUCGGUGAAGACGCGGCCGGCGGGCUGCUCGGCGGCAUUGCCACCUGCCUGACUGUUGUCCCUUGGGUUUUGGUGUUUUUUGGAGAGAGUAUCCGGCGCAGGAGCUCGUUUGCCGUUAGCGUGCAAAAUGACUUCUAG